CGUCAUAAUUUCUUCCCCGUUUUAGACCAAAACAGCAGCAGCGAGCUCGCAGUUUUCGGUCAGUGGAGGACGAGUUUUAAUAUCUUCAAAUCGAAGCACCCGCUGGACGGUCCUCCUUAAUAGUUCCGGUUAAAUCGAACGGAAGAUGGUCGUUACCAAGGAUGUUUACUUGCCGACGGAGGAAGAGCUCACCGUGCCGGAGGUGAACCUUUCCGGACCAGCCCUCCGUGCUGGAGCCUUCCAUUUGGGCAAGGCUUGCGAGGCCGAGAAUAAUGAAUUCAUGCUGUGCCGCAGUGAGCUCGGUGAUCCGCGUGCCUGCAUCAACGAAGGCAAAGCCGUCACCAACUGUGCCCUCGAGUUCUUCAGGAAGGUGAAAAAAUCCUGUGCCGGUGAGUUCACCCAGUACGCCAACUGUCUGGACAAGAGCAGCGGGGAUCUGAACUUCCGAUACUGUCGCAAAACGCAAUCCGUGUACGAUAAAUGCGUGCUGGAUAACUUGAACAUCGAGCGCCCGCACUAUGGGUACUUCACCCGAGCUAAGGUUCACGAAACGGAUCGCCCGGCACCGCCGAAGAAGGAGAAGACCGUUUAUCCCGAUGCUACCCCGGGACUGCCGGACGAUUAUCCCCGACCGGAAGCGAAGUACGGUUCCCGGUUCCAUUGGUUGAACUAGAAAAUUGCGGCAUCUCCCGUCGAACUUGAAUUGGAAGUGUAAUUUGUGUAGAAAUUUUGUUUGAUCACUUGGAAUAUUAGAGGAAUCAUAAAGCCUGAAAA